UAACAUAUGACUAAUAUUUUGCAUUUUGGGAGGGAAAAUGAACAGUAUUUGGUCCUAUUUUGAGAUAAUAAGAAGACAACAUCUUCAGUAAGAGGAUCAAACAUUUUCUCCUCCCCUAAAAACCUAAUAACAAUCGGAGUUGAAUAUCACCACCGUGGCUACUAUACGUAGAUAUUUGGAUCCAGUAUAAAUAUUGCCGAAGGCGUCAUUGCCAUCACUAUCAGACAUAGCCGUUCAAGAUCAUGGGAGCUUUAAGCAAUCUAGCUAUCUUGUCGUUGUUAACACUGGUCUCCAGAGUUGCCACUCGAAACGUUGCUGCCAAAUCCUUUGUGCAACUUUCUUCCAAUCCCAGGUCGGGUCCCAUUCCAUAUUGUGAGAAUGGCCAAUGGAAGAGCUGCGAGCAAGUCGUUGUUGACCUGGCUGCUUUGAGAAGUAACCAGCCCUUGACUCUGCCCAAUGGAGAUCAGGUCACCUUGGUUGAUUCCUCACCAGGACCUGAUCCCGGAUCAACCACGGCUGUUUAUCAAUCUGAAGACCUGUUGGACUCCGUGACCAUCACUUUUUUCGUCUCGGGUUCCGAUGAGGUCAAUGCCGUCAUUCAUGAGGAUGACCAAGUCUUCAACUUGGCGCCUUGCGACAAAAAUAUGGUCGAUUGCCACGUUUUAGCCAAGGGGGACCCGGACGUGGAGGAUCCCAUGUCAAGCUACACGAUGAGGGAUUUGGUGUUGAGUACGAACACUGCGCUAGAAGAACUUAGAGAUGGUGAGGACCAAGAAGAGCCAGGUCAAUUCCAACAAGAUGAGGAUGGGACGUACGUCGGCACCAUCAAGAUCUACUACACAAAGGAAGUUGCCCAAGUAGAACCCAAUGUGGAUACCUUUAUCGCCAAUAUGAUCAGUCAAGCCAACACUUGCUUCAAAAACUCGCAAACUAAAUUCCGUUUACAAUUGCUCUGUACGGAACAACUGAACAAUAUCACUGAAAAACAACCUGCGGCUGAUACUUUGUACCAAUUUAUGGAUAUCAAAGGAAAUAAAGCCAAGACUCGAGGAACGGCAGAUUUCGCGCAUCUUCUUGUUGUAAAUGUGGCAAGCGUUUGCGGAGCAGCCUUUGUCGGGCACCCAUUUGGGUUGUCCAGGUGGAGUUGCGCCAAUGCCUACUACACCUUCAGCCACGAAAUUGGCCAUAACUUGGGAUGCUGGCAUGCUCGCGGCAGUUAUGACCCUGAUGAAAGCGAUAAUUACUAUUAUGGUUAUCUAAUUCCUGGCACUGGUCACGUCACCACAAUGGCAUAUUCGACUGCUAAUUAUCCAUGGAAGGCGAACCUGUAUUCCAACCCAAAUGUAACAUUCCAAAAUGUCCCAGCUGGCGAUGACCGGAACAAUUGCGCGCGAACGAUUAGAGAAAAUGCGCGGGCACAUGCCAGCCUUGGCUCAGACACCAAUUCAUGUGUCUGAUAAAGAUGAAUGGAUCAUGGGACUUGAUGUUCUUUUCGUUUCACGUAUUCAGAAUCUUACGUUAACUUUUUGUUCAAAGGCAUGCCCUUUGUUUUAUGUUCGAAGCAACUUUUAAUAACCAAUAAAAAGCAUAAUCAUUCCCAAA